GCCAUCCGUCGAGCACGCUCGUCGUCGUCCUGAAAACAGGUCGCGCCGAUCCCCAAGAAACACUGUCGACGCUCUAGUCAUCAUGCUCAGACCGCCCUCGUUGUUGACUCACGCCCGGGUCGGCGUGCCCAGGUGCGCCGUGCAGGCCGCGCGACGGUGGCAGACGACGGAGGCGACGACGCAGGCGACAGCCUUUGCAUCACGACUGGGAAACAGCACGCCCGUUGAAGCCGUUCGAGGCCCAGAGAAUGCAGCCCCAGGGAGCGAAGAGCCGCACCAGGGGACACAAGCCCCGGCACAGCGCAAGAAGACCGACCUAGACGUCGCCGAGGAAUUCUUGGAGUACCAGCGUCAAAAGGCUCUUUUCAAAGACAUUGGCGGCUCAAAGACACCCACCUACGCCCCCCACCAACUCAUCUCCAAUCCUCCUCGCCCGUCAGACAUCACCUUGGAGCUGCUGCUCGCGUCACAGUCGCACAUGGGCCACAUCACCUCGCGGUGGAACCCGGCAAACGCAGCCUACAUCUUCGGCGUCCGCGACAACACGCAUAUCAUCUCGCUCGAAGUCACGGCCGCGCACCUGCGCCGAGCUGCCAAAGUGGUGUCCGCGGUGUCCGCCAGAGGCGGGCUCAUCCUCUUCGUCGGCACCCGUGAGGGCCAGGAACGCAUCGUGGUGAGGGCUGCCGAGCUGGCCGGCGGCUACCAUCUGUUUGAUCGAUGGGUGCCCGGCAGUCUGACGAACAGCACUCAGAUCCUUGGGCAGUGCAGGUUGAAGGUCGUCAAUGAAUUCGACGAGGAGGUGCCUGGCUACGAGAGCCAACUGGAUGGAAUGGCGCCCCUAAAGCCCGAUCUGGUGGUCUGCCUGAACCCUCUGGAGAAUCAGACGUUGCUGCGCGAGUGUGCACAUCACAACGUGCCAACGAUAGGCAUCAUCGACACAGAUGCGAACCCGCUGUUGGUCACCUACCCGAUCCCGGCCAACGACGACAGUCUUCGGUGCACCGCAGUUAUAGCCGGAGUGUUGGGCCGUGCAGGCGAAGAAGGACGCAACUACCGCCUCGAGCAGGCGAAGCAAGGCCGAAUCACGACGAGAAGCACGCGCAGUCUCACACCAAAACGAUCGCAUAGACGAUGAGCACAUCUGACCGUUCUUUCCCCUCAGUGUUCGGAUUCUUUCCUUGCAUGUAAAUCAAGGAGCAUGGAGCAUUUGCGUCACAAAAAAAAAGAGAGAAAAGGGAGGGUCAUCACAUCAGGGCAAAGCAACUCUUCUGCUAUAAAGGCAGGGUCUUUCAAGAGAAACGCUUCAGUGUAUCAACAUUGUGCAGAAUAAUAGACGUCCAGCACCAUUGUGUCCUGGCCAAUGAUUCAUCAGCAUUUCUACCAACCUGCGUGUGAAUUGUGUCGUCUUAGGGAAUUUCUGACAUCGGCCGCGUGCUUGUACAUGCAUAUUCUCUGCGCGCCUUUGCUCGAUUUUCCUUCGAUUGCUUGAGGGCCUGGGGCCGGAGAAAUGUAACGAGUAUCGCAAUGAGAUCGAGAGCUGCCAGAGCUGCUGGAACCAGGCCAUUGAUUGGGCAAUGUUUUACAGCUCCCAUUUCACUUCAAGUCAAGACUACAUGUACAGUACGUAAACUCGACUCUGCGAUGAAAGCAAGCCGUUCCGAUGCAUGGCACU